GAGCAAAGCGAGUUCGAAACCAUUGCACAUGCUCAGACGGCGGGGUCGUAAAGCUACAUCGCAUGUUACGAACAAAGCGAAUGUCUUUGCUAACUAUUCACGGACUAUAAACGCACAUUUGCUUUACAUAUAUAUAACUAACAAUACCCACUAUUAUUGGAGUUAAGUGGGUGUUCGGUUCCUGACUAUGUCAACAGCCGACGAUUCACGUUACUACAACGAUCACGAUGACCGAGUUGGAGGACAAAAGGUUCGCAACCGUAAAGGCAGAGGGCCUUUCAGGGCCCCUAUGUAUAGUGACCAGGGGCCAGUAGGGCCAAGACCAAGACAUCGUGGUAGCCAAAGAGGCGGCGGCGGCGGCCCGGGACCCAGAGCGAGAUUCGACGAUGAGGAUGGAGAUGUGGCAAUGGCGGACAGCAACUCCCAAGAUGGAUCCUCCCAACACAGAUUUAACCCUUAUGGAAGGCCAAAUCGGCGUGGUGACGACCGAUUUGACCGGGGCCGCAGAGGUGGUGGAGGAGGUCACAGGGGUCGUGGGAAUAACAAAGGAGGGGAUGGAGGUGGAGGUGGCCGCAAGAACUGGUUCAAGAUGUCUGUCCCCUAUGGAAAGAAAUACGACAAAGACUGGCUGAUAACAGCACUGCAGAAUAUCUGCUCCAUGCCCUUCACCCCAGUACAUUACCACGUAGAGGGAAACCGAGCAGAGUUCUUUAUUGAUGAUUCCACGACUGCGAAUGCCUUGUUUAAGGUAUCACGGAAGAUCACAGACAAAGAGGGCUACAAGGUGACUGUACUGAUGAAUCCCUGUCCUCCACCCUCCUUUCUUCAGUCUGAACUAAAGCCAGCUGAUCUGGAGCACCUGAAGCAAUGCAUGGCUAAACGUUUUGAUCGCCCUCAACAAGCGCUGGACUUGAACAACAUCCGGAUAGACCCAGACCUGGUGUCCCAGAACAUUGAUGUGACUUUGAACAGAAAGAACUCCAUGCGUGCUGUUAUUAAGAUAAUUGAGGAGAAUAUUCCAGAGCUUGUUUGUCUGAACCUUAGCAACAACAAGCUAUUUAGGCUGGAUGACCUGUCAGAGCUGGUCAACAAGGUUCCCAACCUGAAGACACUCAACCUUUCUCAUAACGAGUUAAAGACAGAGCGCGAGCUGGACAGGAUCAAGGGUCUUAAGCUGGUGGAGUUAUGGCUGGAGAGGAACCCCCUUUGUGACUAUUUCAAGGACCAGGCUUCAUACAUCAGCGAGGUGAGAGAGAGGUUCCCCAGGCUUCUCAAACUGGACGGUCAGGAUCUCCCCCCGCCCAUAGUCUUUGAUGUGGAGGUGACUCCUGCCGCCCUUCCACCUUGCAAGCCCAGCUACUUCUGCUCUGAAGAGAUCAAGACUCCCAUCGUUGGCUUCCUACAACAAUACUACAGUGUGUAUGACUCCGGAGACAGACAGCCUUUGUUAGAUGCCUACCACGAUGGAGCAACCUUCUCCUUGAGCAUGCCCUUCACCAUGCAGAACCCCUCAAGGUGCAGUCUUGGAGAUUACCAUAAAGACAGUCGCAACCUGAAAAAGCUCAAGGAUCCCACCACACGAUUCCGCUUACUGAAGCACACUCGUCUGAAUGUGGUGGCUUUCCUGAGCGAACUGCCCAAAACGCAGCAUGACACUGCAUCUCUAAUUGUGGACGUCAACACCUUCACCAACACAUUACUGUCGUUCACGGUCACUGGAGUGUUCAAAGAAGUUGAAGGUAAAUCCCGCGACUCUGUGAGAGCUUUCUGUCGGGUGUUUGUCACAGUGCCAGCUGGAGGGACAAGUCUUUGCAUAGUGAAUGACGAGCUGUUUGUGCGCAAUGCUACGACUGAGGAGAUCCGCCGGGCCUUUGUGGCACCUGCCCCCACCCCAUCCAGCAGUCCUGUCCCCACCCUCUCAGCCCCCCAGCAAGAGAUGCUCUCUGCCUUCUCACUCAAGUCCGGCAUGAAUCUUGAAUGGUCCCAGAAGUGCCUACAGGACAAUGAGUGGGAUUUCAACCGAGCAGGGCAGGUCUUCACAGACCUCAAGGCUCAUGGAAAGAUCCCAGAUGUCGCUUUCAUAAAGUGAACAGGAAUGGCUGUGAAGCUUUUUAAUUAUUGUCAUUGGUCUUAUUUCUGUUGAUUCUUAUGCAGUUAUCCUCCUGGAUUACAAGAGAACAUACUUCAUUAUUUGUAUAAUUAAACAUGAUUUAACGUGUUCAAA